CUGACUUGACAAAAUAAGAAAGGUGUGUAAAUGCGGAAGUUGUCGUGAAGUUGCAGCAGACGAAGCAACAAGUUGACGUUGAAGUUGUGGAAAGUUUCUUUGUGUCACCUGAACACACCUGAGCUCCGUCAUGGCGAGUGAAGUGUACGGCUCGACGACGUCGCCCAACCCAAAGGCGUCUUGGUUCAUCGGGCCCUCAGAGGUUCUGCUCAAGGCCCGCUUCGGGGUGAAGAUCCUGGAAGUGCUGCUGUCCUUCGUGGCCUUCAUCCUGGAGGAAGUGGUGAACAGCUGUGUGAGGUGCUCCGCCCUGUACUUCUUCGAGUUUGUGAGCUGCACCGCCUUCCUCUUCACCCUGCUGCUCCUCGUGCUGCUCUCCACCCGCCUGCACACGCGCGUGGGCAUCACCUGCUGGCCAAGCCUGGACUUUGUGUACACAGCUGUGAUCGGCGUGGUGUUCUCCAUCGCCUCCAUCGUUUUUGCUUCAGACAACAGCAACACGAUGAUGGAGAGAAGUGCUGUGGUGUUUGGUUUCUUGGCGUCAGCGCUGUUCUUCGUCGACGUCGGCCUCUUCGUGAAGGAUCACGGCUUUCCCUUUAGGAGAGACGGGAAGUCACAGUCCAGUAACGGCGUCCCGGCGGCGGCGGCGGGAGGGGCGGUGCCAGCGAACAGCGCUGAGGAGGAGAAACUGACCCAGCCGGCCAAUGGCCAGCCAGAGUAAGAGUGUUUGAGGUGACGUGUGUGCGCACUGUUCCUUUAAGACCACGCUGAGCUUCAGCGAGCGCCGCUCACAUGACGUCCAUUUUUAAACCCUGUUUUUAGUCGUUACACCGCUGAGGACGCUCUGCGAUCACCAAUAAUCAAUCAUCCAAUCAUGAACCAAUCAGAGCGCAGAGCGUCCAUCAGGACGUGACCAACACAAACGCUCAGAGACACUAAAACUACAGAACCACUAACUGCAACACGUCCGUCUGUACCUGUGUACUGAACAUCUGAACUCUGCCCACGAUAAAUCAACAAAUCAGUUAAUCAAUAAAUCAAUGAAUCAGUGAUCGACUCGGAGGUUGAUGGUUCCCAAACUGAGGCUCCGGACACCCUGCGGGGUCAGAAAUGAUGUAACGAGUCGCAAAAUUCAACAAAUGGCUCAAACAAACCACCUGUGACCACGCCCACCUGCCAAUCAACGCGUUUUUCUUUUUAAACAUUAAGCGCCAAACGUUUCCCAUGAUCCUUUGCCAAAAGCUCGUUCAGCUCGAUGGCUGACCUCCGACCUCUGACCUCCCCACGGACCAAUCGGGUCGCGUCCUUUUUCCUGAAGCUGGAUUUAAUGUUUUGUCGUUUCACGUCCUUCGACUUGUGCAGACGUUGUUUUACUUCAUUUGAUCAUUUAAUUUGAAAGGAUCAUUCCUGGCUCCGCUUCCUGUUCUGCUGAUUUUAACACUCGUCUUUAAUCACUUUUGUAUUUUUGAUGUUUUUAUGAAGGAAAUUUCUCUUUUUAUAAAAUCUGCCUGAACAUGAACCAUCCUGAGAAAAACCAUCGAUCAGCUGAUUAGUAUUUCCUGUCUGGAUUUUAAUGAUUUCAAAUUAAAACGUGUAAUAAUUUUAGAUUUUUAUUUGACAGUUUGUGUGUCUGACUUUAACGUCCUUCAGUUCAUUUUGAAACGAUGUUUUUCUUCUUCAUUUUGACGGUUAUGCCCGGAAACAGAAGCGGACUGCAAGUUUGAAGGAAACAAACAAACAGGACUUCUUUAAUUAGUUCUCUUCGUACGUGUUUCAAAGUAUUUGAUGAGUGGUCACAUAUUUCAGAAUCUGAACCAAAACAACCCAAGCAGAAGCAGUGACGUCCUAAACGUGACGCACAAUCUUAAUUUUGAUGCAUUAAUAAUGUUUGAAAUAUUAAUUUGAAUGUUUGACACUUCUUGGUUCUGUCUGCCGGUGACAAAAGUUCAAAUAUUUUUUUAAACAUUUCUGAUGAUGGACGAAGAAAUCAGUUUUUAUAUUCUUUAAUUUAGUUUUGGCACUUUUCCCAUACAGACAAAGACAAUCACACAUUAAUCAUUAAAUACACUGGAAACAUUAAAAAUAAGAUUUAUUUCUUCUUUAUGCCAGUCAGACGAUCCAGAAAUCUGUUUUUAUGUCAACACGAUGAACUUAAAUUCUUCAGGACCAAGUUUAUUUUUGAUGUUUUUUUGUAAGAUGUGUUUCCAUGAUUCUGCUCUGUGCUUGUAAAAUAAAUGAGUUACUGUUUGACAUGAUCUUUGUAUUAUUCUGUCAUUUAAUUAAAAAAAAAUUCCAGUACA